AUGAAUUAAGAAGAUAAUUAGAGUCAGGAUAGCAUUAACGAAAAACAAAUAGAAAAUAAUCUCAAAGACCUACUUGAGAGAAUAUUGCUUAAUGCUGAUAAAUUCAUUGAUACUAAAGAAGAACUUAAUUAAAUAGAGGGAGAACUUAAAGAUUAUGAAAAUUUAUCCCAUUUGAUUGGGAUUAUAAAAGCAGUAUUUACUAAUAUGAUGAUGAAAGUAGAAAAAAGAAUUUCGUAAGUAGUUAAAUUUAACACUAAUAAAGCAAAUUAGAAAAAUAAAUAGAUCCUAACCUUUCACAAACAUAUAGUAUGAGGACAGAUGAGGAAUAUGAAAAAUUAGAAUAAACAAUGAUAAAAUAUGAAGUAGAAAUACGUAAUCACAUCAGGGUAAUAAAUAACUUUAUUUCAGAUUGAAUAACAAUUAAAAUUAUAUGCUGAGUCAAUUUAAACUAAAUUAGAUGAAAGCGAAGUAAAUAGAACUGAAUUAUUGAACACAACAAAAUAACUAAUUAGCGUAAUAAUAUUCAAAAUUUUUAGAAUUUAAAAAGAGAAAAUUAAACAUAUCAUGAAGUCCAACAGAAGCUUAAAAACGAAAUAGUUUGUUUAAAACAAAUUAUUAGUGGUUUGGAAAAAGAAAAUAGAAGAAAAUCUUUAGAUCUAAGUCAAAGAGACCAUAUUAAGCUAUAAUGUAAAGCUAAUUAAUAAUCAAUCAGCCAAUCAUUCCAACUUUAAAGUAGAUGAUAUUAAUUAAAAUUAGAAUAAAACCAUGAAAAAUCUUUCUAAGAAAAUAAAGGAAACAUUAAAUAAAAUUAAAAAUGCAUAACUACAGAAAACCACGAGAUACCAAUCAAUUCAUAAUAAUCUUUGAAAUAAAACUAUUAUAAUAUUAUCAAUUAGGGAAACGCAGCAAAUAAGGCUGACCUUCAAAAAGCUACCUAGUAAAAGGAAGUUAAUCGAGCUUAUGGGUAAAGAUUAAGAAGCAAAAACAAUUCUCUAUCAAACAUCCAAGAUGUAAUACAAAGUGUCUCAGUGCAAGAUAGGAAAAAGGGUUUAAAUAGCUAGACGAUUUCAAAAAAUAGCUCUUAAGAUAAUAGUUAAGUAGUUAAAUAUAAAGGUAUAUUUUUGUAGAUUUUAUAUAGAAACUGGUGAUUUGAGUAGAAGUAAAAGCUCUAGAAGAGGCAAUUUAGGUUAAAAAUUAAUCAUUGUGGAAUCUUAAAUCAAAUUAACAUGUUGA